AUGGUCCUGUUCAGUAUCUUUACUGAUGAUCUGGGCCAGGGGAUUGAGUCCAGCAUCAAGCAGCACUCGCUCUGCAUUCGCAUCGCACCGCAGCAUCGAAGCUACAGCCGGCUCGGGACAGCACGGUCACAGUCAGCGCUCCGAUCCUCGCCAGCCUUCGGACGCCAGCGCCCGCAGAGGCUCGGACAGCGCACUAUAAUCCACCCAUCGCUCAGAUCCUGCAACGCCGCAGCUACCGACCCCGCGCGUUUUCCGCGCAGGCCAGGUGGGCAGGAGCGGCAGGAAAAGCCUCGAACCUCUCCGCCGCCAGCCACCGGUUGUCCCCCACCGCGCCGGCAACCGCGGGGCCGAACCUGGCCGAGCCGCCGCCCCCGGGCGCGCAGCGGGGCGGGAGCGGAGCCGGCGGCCGCAGCCGGAGCCCGGCGGAAGGCAGGCGACGGCAGGAUGUAUGGGUUUAUAAAUACGUGCCUGAAGUCUCUGGUGGUUGAGAAGUAUGGUGAAGAAAUGUGGGAGAAAUUAAGACUGCAGGCUGGCGUCCAGGAUUCCUUCUUGACUUUUGAGGUUUACAGAGAUGAGAUCACAAUGCAGCUUGUUGACAAAGCCUGCAAAAUAUUGGGUGUUCCUGCUGACAUAGUUCUGAGAGAGUUUGGAGAGUAUUUCUUUGAGUUCUGCAAACGUUCAGGCUAUGACCACAUGCUGAGGACUCUGGGUGGCAACCUCUACGAGUUCAUAGAGAACCUGGAUGCACUCCACAGCUACCUGUCCCUUUCUUACCAGGAGAUGAACGCGCCGUCUUUCAGAGUGGAAAAGAAUGAGGACGGGUCAAUGCAUCUGCAUUACUAUUCAGACAGAAGAGGUCUGUGCCACAUUGUGCCAGGAAUCAUCGGUGCAGCAGCCCUGGAUUUCUUUAACAUUGAGAUUUCAAUGGAAAUAGUCAAUCAAGUGGAGGAAGAAGAAAGGACUGGGAAAAAAGAGCAUAUUGUGUUUCUUGUUACUCAAAACCCUGUGUUUUCAUACAAGGAAAGAAGUGCACUUUCAUGUUCAUCUCAGUAUCUUGCCGACGCUGAAAAGCAAGUUGAGAACCGAGCAAAGAAAGAGGAUCUUGAAAAAGCCAAGAUUACAGCCAGAGACAGAGGGAGCUCUGUUUGUCCUGCCAGGAAAAGUCACUGGAAAACAAUAAGAGGAAUCGUGGCAUUAGGAAAAGGUAAGCUCCUGAGAGGAUUCGAUCCUGUCUAUCCCAAAAGCCUCUGGGUUGACACAAAGACAUUCUGCAAUGGACUUCCUUUUCACAUGGUUUUUGACAAAGAGCUCAGAGUGAAGCAAGCUGGGGUGAGCAUUCAGAAGAUUGUUCCUGGCCUUCAGACCAUGGGCAUCUGCUUGGAUCAGUAUUUCAGCAUCGUACACCCUGAAGUGCCCUUCACCAUUUCUAGCAUUCAGAAGUUCAUCAACAGCCAAUUUGUUUUCCAGACCAGAAGAGAAAUGAUGCCAGAGUCAUGGAGACAUCGGCCAAUGCUAGAGCUGAGAGGCCAGAUGAUCUGGAUGGAGUCCCUGCAGUGCAUGCUCUACCUCUGCUCUCCUUUGCUUCGCACACUGCACGAGCUGGAGGAGCGCCAGAUGCACAUCGCAGACAUUGCCCCCCACGACGUGACCAGGGACUUGAUUCUUCUCAACCAGCAGCGGCUGGCAGAGAUGGAGCUCUCCAACCAGCUGGAGAGGAAGAAGGAAGAACUGCGGAUACUGUCGAAGCACCUGGAGGAAGAGAAGAAAAAGACUGAGGCUCUGCUCUAUGCCAUGCUCCCUCAGCAUGUGGCCAACCAGCUGAAGGAGGGCAAGCAAGUUGAAGCAGGAGAGUUCAAGGAGUGCACCAUACUGUUCAGUGACGUUGUGACCUUCACCAACAUUUGUGCCCAGUGUGAGCCAAUCCAGAUUGUUCUCAUGUUGAACUCCAUGUACCUGCGGUUUGACAGGCUGACCACGGUGCAUGACGUCUACAAGGUGGAGACAAUUGGAGAUGCCUACAUGGUGGUAGGUGGGGUGCCCGUGCCUGUACCCACUCACGCUGAGCGAGUGGCCAACUUUGCCCUGGGGAUGAUAAUAGCAGCCAAAGGAGUGCAGAACCCAGUUUCUGGAAGUCCUAUCCAAAUAAGAGUUGGGAUCCAUACAGGUCCUGUCUUGGCUGGAGUUGUUGGAGAAAAGAUGCCUCGGUACUGCUUGUUUGGAGACACAGUGAAUAUAGCUUCCAGGAUGGAGAGUCAUGGUGUCCCCAGUAAGAUCCACCUCAGCUCCAGUGCCUACCAGUGCCUAAAACACAAGAACUUUGAGAUGACUGAAAGAGGAGAAAUAGAAGUGAAAGGCAAAGGGAAAAUGCACACAUACUUCCUCAUCAGGAACAAAACUGCAACUGAGAAUGAGAUAAUGGGAAGGCCAUUGAAGGACUUAGAUUCUGGCCAUGAAUCUGUUCAGUCCUUUCAAGAAGGCAGGACUGAAGCCAUACCAAGCUGUCAGCAGACAGUUACCCAGACUCAGCCAGAGAAGGACCAGGCCCCAGCCAUUGCCAUGAAGUAUAGUGAUGGCCCCACAGAUCCACAAAACAGCCUCAAAAGAAGAAAUCAAGCCAAAAUUGCAGAUUUAACAGGUCUUUCAUUGGGUGAAGGCAUUCUGCGGUGGACGUGCAGAAAGAUCCAACACAACCUUGUAUUUUUCCAUCCUGAGAAGUAAAUAUUCUGUACUUUAUAGCAGCCACCAGUAAAAACCCAUCUGUGAGCUUUGGCCCAGCUGUCUGUGCUGGGCUUAGAUGACUGCAGAAGGACAUGCACAUAGUGGAGUUCUGUGGCAUCACAAUUCAUCACAGCACCGAAGGACUGCUCAAGACCUUCGGAUGAGUUGCAAGUCUAUUCCUCAUUUCCUUAACUCAGCUAAACAAACAGAAAGUUUCAGGACUGCAGAGGGAGGCUGACAGUGCUGGAAUUAAUGUUCUUCACUGAAAAUAAUAGCAUUAAAGAUCACCAUCACUCACCUGCUGUCAGAAGCUUCUCAGCUGAGUUACCUCCAUCCUGAUGCGUCCUUAGACUGUGCUUGAUCAGAAAUGGCAGAGAAAACUUUGAAGGUCACCUGUCAAGGACUUAAGAUGUAGGAACAAAAAGGACAAUGGUUUUAAGGGUUUUGGACUCCAUCCUUGGAGUAAGUGGAAUGAGCUAUUGCUGGGUGACUUUGGCAGGAGAUGCCCUACACAUCAAUUUUGGGCGUGGACUAACUGUCUAAGGAUGCAACCAUGAGACCACUUGAGCAAGGACUCACUGGAGAAGAUGACAGUGUUGCUCCUCUGUUGCAUUACGUUUCCAUUCUGUGUCUGCAGCAAGAGUGAGGGUCUUUAAACACCAAACAGCAAAGCAGGACUGAUGAAAGCCACCUCCUGCCCUCUCUAGUAUAACAAGAUGAAGUUCCACCUGGUUAAAUUAUCUCUUUAAAGCUCUGGGAGAGAAACUCCUCUGGGUGCUCUGCAGCUCUGUCUACAUUGGUGAGCAGUGCAGAGCAGGAGAGGAGGACUUGGAGAGCAAGACCAUCCAUGCUGUUGUCCACACUUGUAGGUAUUCCAGAGGCUUGUUAAGUGUGGUCCCACACUCUGAACACGUGUUAGCUAUUGGGGCACUUUAUAAUAGACAUGCAUUUGUUUUUAA